AUAUAAAUACGAUAAUGUGAAAUUUUAUACCAUAUUACUUACAUCGAUACACUUACUAGAGACGUGUAGUUUCAUUUCAUUAAAAUGACGAAAAUAUAUUUUAUACUGCUAGCAAUCUGCCUGCACUCUGCAUCCAGCACAGAACAGAAGAAGCGAUCCGCGUCUAUCCCAGUAACACAAACCUACUCAGAAUACUACAACAGUGUCGCCAUUCCAGUGCCCCAUCCAGUACCUAUUAGCGUGCCUCGAGCAGUUCCAGUGGCUGUUCCAGUAGGAGUAGCUGUUGACAGACCUAGACCCGUUCCUGUAUCUGUACCGCAGCCUGUAGCCCAUGUGGUACCGCGCCCAGUCGCAGUUCCAGUUGACAGGCCGUAUCCAGUGCCGGUUGCUCAACCAGUCCCUGUAACCGUCACCCAAGGAGUGGGCAUUCCAGUGCCUCAACCCUAUGCAGUUGGAGUGCCAGCGGCGGUUCCCGUCAGAGUCCCCGUAGCGGUGCCUGUGGCGGUUGGUUCUAUUGGGGGCGGAAUAGGCGCGUCAUCGCUUGGAGGUGGAUCCCUUGGUGGCGGGUCCAUCAUUGCUGGCUCGUUGGGCUCUGGGGGUAUUAUCGCCAGUUCUAUAGGCCAUGGAGGUAUUGUCGGCGGUGGUGUGGGAAGCAUACGGGUCGUGAGUGGAUCGAGUUAUUCAGUUCCUUAUGGAGGAUAUGGCUACGGCCAUGGUUAUUAUCACCAUUGAUUAUUAUCAGCCAGAAUGUAAAAUGUAAUAUUUCUAUAUUAUCAAUCGAUUGGUGUUUAUGUUGAGUUACUAUGUAUGAUAUAGGAAGAAAGGUUGUUUGCAAAUUAUCUCACCCUUUUUUAAUGUCAUGUUUAGUUUUGUCACGUGUGUAAUUGCCGCCCUCUUUUUGUAAGGAUAUCAAGGUUAAGGUGUUUCCUGGGUUUUUGUUAAUCUAGUCUUAGGGUUUUAUGUAUGAUUGUCCCAUCGAUUAAUGUAUGCAGCUUUAAUUAAUGUAAGUACAUUUUUGUUAUACUAGUAUAUAUUGUAUGCCCAGUGUAAUUUUAGUUAAACCCCACUAUUAAAAUUAAGGGAAUAAGUAUGUA